GAAAGAGGUCUGGAACGCAAAAGUCUGAAGUUCAUGAGACUGACUAUAGUGCUGUGUUAGCAGUACAUUGAUUUGCACUGGAGAGGUAGAUCUUUCAUAUCACAGCUGGCAUUUUCCAGGGCAUUCUGGCUAGAGAGUGAUCUGUGUUUAUCUUAAAUAAAACACUUACAAUGCGUACAGCCGUGACUGGAUUGGUAAAUGUCUUGGAGUCGUAUAGAGGGAGAGACAGAGUGAUGCGAAUAUUAUGCUAUAGCUGCCAACUGUUCGGUGGAGUCAUGACGCAGAAGAAUGGAGAGAAGAAGAAUUGGGAAAAAAGUCUCCUUAUUGUGGCUUCUCAGCUUAGCCACUGCCGAACAGUACUGCGUUUAUUUGAUGAUCUGGCCAUGCUAGCUUACUCAAUGAAGUAUGGUCUGGGGAAAAAGGAAGAGGACUGUAUUGUCCGCUGGAUAUCGGUCAUUGGUAACAUUGCUGACCAGCUCUACUACCCUUGUGAACACAUGGCAUGGGCUGCAGAUGCUGGUGUAAUCCGCAUGAAAUCUGAUAAGUGGUGGACAGCCAGUACUGCACUUUGGGGCCUCUCUCUUUUUUUAGGAAUUCUAAGAUCUUUCAGAAUUUUACUCAAGCUCAGAAGACACAGAGAAAAGCACCAUAAGAAGAAUCUUCCAAAAACCAGAGGAGAAAUAAAAUCCCAAAUAAGGUCUGAAGUUCUGAGCAUUAUCAGCUGCACCUCGGACCUAGUUAAUGCCAUUCACUGGAUGCCUCCUGGGUUUCUCUGGGGAGGCUGCUCUCCUACCUGGUUGGUAGGUCUAUUGGGGACGGUAUCAUCACUGAUUGGCAUAUACCAGACUGCUGUGGGAGGCAGCUCAGGAGGUGUGUGAGGUUUAAGGACAAAGUACAGUCUUGCUUUGACACACUGAGCAUUAAAUGCCUAAAUACUUGAAAGGAAAGCGAGCUAAUAUGGUACCUUGACCGCGGAAUAUGUUUUAGAAUAGCCACACUAAAUCAACCAAUCAAAAAGUUAUACUGCCAGUAAUGUUUGAAUCUACAUCUUCUAUUUUAAUUUUAGAUUCAAAGACAAAUCUAUAUGAUCGAAGAGCUAGAUUAACAGAUUUUAUUUCCUUGCUUUGUAAUUUUUUCUCUCUCUCUUCCUGAUGACUUGAGAGUUCCAAGCUGAUUUCUAUGUGGAUCAGAGAAACGUAUAAGAUAAAUGUUUGCAAUCUCGUAACAAUUAUGUUGGAAGUAAAGUACUGGAUUAUUUUUAGUUUUUUUUUUUACCUAUAUUUUGUAUGAACUGUAUAUAACUAAUAACAGACCCUUGUAAUUUGGACAGCAGGCUUGCACUAUAUCCAAAACGAUUUCUCAUAUCCAUCCAUGAUUCUGUAGAUUCUUUGGAUCAGGGGUAGACAACCUUAGGCAUUCUAGAUGUUGUGAUCUAAAUCUCCCAUAAUAUGAUUAAUGCCAUAUUAAGGAAAAACAUCAGGUGAGAUGUAGUCCACAACAUCUGGAUUGUCGAAAGUUGCCUUCCCCUGGUUUAGAUUAUAUAGCUUAUUAAUCAAAGCUACUGUUCAUCUGAGUUUAAAAUGGUGCGUACAUUACUUUCCAUAUUUUUAAUUAACGAGGUCCAGUCUUCUACAAUAUCUUUGUUUUAAGGCACAUUUAAACCUUAAAAUCAUGUAUCCCUAUUUUACAUUCCUGUAAUAAACUUGCUUUCUAUUGUGCAA